AUGAUCGGGAUGAAGCGCCAACUUCCCCCAACAGCAAUGUCCAUUCCCUCCACUCUGAUAUCUGAAGUUCCGCCGCCGCCGUCUCAUGAUGAACUCCUCCAGAAGCUUCGUGAUCUGAAUUUGGCCGUCAAACCAGAUAUUGACCACAGAACUGCCAAGAGGCUCACGCAACUGAUUGACCGCAUCAAUUCUGACGAGGACCUCAAACAGUAUCUGAAUGAUGCCUUUGCCAGCAACAAGUCUUCUGAAUCAUCCAACGGUGGCGAUGAUCCGGUUACGGUCGCUCCAAUUCCUAUCGACCCGGCUUUGAACUCAGUCGAAAGCCCUUCGGACAACGACUCUGGCAAUAAAUUUGCACAUGAGGUUUUCGAGGACCAAAUGUCAGACGGCGAUUCGAGGUAA